AUGAGCGCACCUCGUAGGAGCUGCCUCUCGCCCGCCGCCGGAUCGAACCGUUCCCGCGAGCCGGCCACGGUGGAGGAGGCGUGGCGCCGCCACUGCAAAAACUCCUUCGCCGGGAGUCGGCGUGCGGUCUGCAAGUACGUCGGGUCCGAGUGGAUGCCGCCGAAGCUCCGGGACUUCGCGGAGGGCGGCCGCUACCACAAGGUCGACCCGCCGUUGAAGCCGAUGAGCGGCGGCGAAUUCGAGAAGUGGCGGAGCGCGUGGGAGCAGGAGCGCGCGUGGAAGGCCGCGUGGAGAGCUCCAACGGAGGAGGCGGGCGAGGGGAGCUCCUCGACGACUAGGCGGGUUGGGAAGAUGCAGAAAACCAAGAGCAAUGGAAGAGGCAGAAACAUAGCACAGUUGAAUAAAAAGCAAAAUGCUAGCAGAGCAGCACUUCAGCAAUGUGCCUCUGAAGAUCGAUUUGGUAACUUGGUUAAAUCCCGUGGAGAUAUCUCGAGCAAUCUCACGAAACAGAUAGUCUCAGAACUAUCAGAAACUAUCGUUUCUCUUGCUUCAUUCAAUGGAGAUGCGGUUGUAUCUGAAUGCACGGGAAUAUUUAUUAAAAACUUAUGUGCGGAUACAACAACUAUUCUGACUUCAGCUAAUCUAGUUGGAUCUUUAUAUGGUGGGAUUACUGAUAACUUGACGAUUAAAGUGCGUCUUCCCAGUGAUCGAGUUGUCAUUGGCAUUUUAGACCAAUAUAAUUUCGAUUAUGAUCUUGCUGUUGUGAAGAUCAAGCGUGCACGUGGUUUUCAGGAAGCACAUCUCAGUUCUAGCCAGCAUAUGCAAUUUGAGUCCAGUAGUGAGGUAGUAGCUGUUGGGCGUUGUUUCAACUCCGGCAUGUUAAAGUUCAUAAAUGGGACAGUCUUUGGCCCUGCAUGUCAUGGACUCCGUCAGCUUGUGCUCUCCACAUCUAUAAUUAACAUGGCUCUGACUGGAUGCCCCCUUGUUGAUUUUGAUGGGAACUUUGUUGGAGUGACCAUGCGACGUUGCAAUAGGACUGUAUUUGUACGAAUGAACAAAAUUCUUGAAUUCCUGCAGUACUCUGGGACAACUAGGCGUGUUGUUGAUGUUAAUGAUAAACGUGAUUCAAACAGGCAUAGUGCUGCUGGUACUAAUGAUAAACGUGGUUCAAAAAGGCACAGAGCUGCUGAUAAUAAUGAUAAACGUGGUUCAAACAGUGACUGCUGGACCCAGCAUCAUAUGAGGACAUAUGAGGAUUUUGGUUUGGAUUUUGAUUUGUUCAAACAAGGCGAAGCUCUGUUCUGUCUCACGGAAGUGGAUGCGCGGAUGCGCGUGCUCUAG